UGGAGUAUGAAACACAGUCUGAACCAAAAACGAUGGCCAGUAUGGAUUUUGCCAGUGAAAUGUAUUUAGAACGUGGUAACUCUUCGCGCGCCACUAUGGUUACAUUGAGGGGACCGAUUGAUCCUAGUAAAUGCAAAAUAGGCGAUGCUAUCAGUGAUAUGCAUACGAUUAGUGAAGAGUGCUUUCAGGACGCGAGCGGUAAAGGCUUCACAAAACAAGACAAUGUUUUCAAUACAGAGGUCACCGGUUUGAAUACAGACGAUACGUGUUUUACGUUCAUAUAUUUAGCGAGAAAAGAGACCGUUAUUAACGUACACUAUUUGUUGCCGAACGAAAAUUUUACCAUGGAUCAAAAUAUAAUACUUUCCAUUAAACCCAAAAUAAUAUCCAGUGGUUUGCUUUCCGAGACGAGCACCAUAUGCUUGAAGGAUCUGUUGGCUGUGAGCGCCAGCUCUUAUUCUGUGGCACAUGAAAUACCGUACGUUUACGUCAGUAUUAAAGGUCUAACCGGAAGGACAAAUGAAUUGUAUAUAAAACUGGAAAAACAUAUCGCAACCCCGUCGACCGCGUGGACAGACUUAUUCAAACCUGUAACACCAGAGGAUGAGCGAACCGCAAACACCCAACUAAUCAGCCAUUGGAUAAAAUAUAGUUUAAAACUGGCCACUCAUAUGAGACCCGGACAAUAUAAAUUGACAUUAAAAGAUUCGCGUGCUUUCAGCGCAUUCAACAUAAAGCCCAAAGUAUGCGACGACCUUGCUCACUGCGUAGAUGUUAGCAUCAUUAAUGUGGUUAAAGAUAUCCAUGAUCCAAAUCAACGAUUGGGAUCGCCCAGCACUUGGAUUUAUUCGUUUGUAAUGGAUGCAAAUCCCGACACUAAAUAUAUCACAUUUAAGAUUGACAUCAAUUAUGAAGCACACGAACUGAUGACAGGCCCGUUGGAGGCGCAGAUAGAAUUAAUCACAUUUGGCGACCCGUGUCAAGUGCCCUACAGUGAGUGCGAGAAUGUUGGUCGCGCUACAGGCAGUAAGUGCACGAGUAAGGCAGUGUCGAGCGCACCCAAUGUGUGUCCGUGUCUGUACGGCUAUAGUGGCGACCGGUGCGAGAAAGUCAACUAUUGUAUGACGGGUAAAUCUGGGCAACUAAUAUGCGAACAGAGUGUGGCGUCAAAGAUGUGCGAUAGUGAGGGCUCAACACAUGUGGUCGGAGAUAUGGGCGACAAGAAUAAAGUGUACCGAUGUGUUUGUCAGGAUCCAACCCGUUUCAACGUUUUAAAUUGGGACAAGGCUGCCAAAGUGUGUAAAGAAACUGUAAUUAAAUUGGAUAGAGGCUGGACACAAGUUGGAACCGAUUACUAUCCAAACAAUCCAUCCAAUGAAAUAAGCUAUGAAUUUACUGAAAUUAGUACCGAUAGAGUAGACAUAUGCUCCACAAUAGAUUACACUCUUGGCAGUCAUGUUGUGAAGUUCUGUGUGAGAGACUUUAUGUACAAACCAGCUAGUAACUUCUUCUUAACCAUCACAUCUAUGACCGACAAAUACGACGCGACUUCGCUAACAAAGUUCACGUGGAGUGUAGAGUCCGUAUUGAUUGGCACAAUGAAUAUGAAACUAAUCGCCGUCACAAUUCCGCCGAAAACUACAACCGAAAUACCCAUAUAUUUAAUGAGUGAUUGGAUUGAAUACAAUCCCAAAAUUAACGAUCCGUUGAAACCGCGAAUAUCUAUCGACAAAAUAUUAGCGGCGAAUAUAAAUGCCGUGAAAAUAGAAACCGGAAUACUUUGGGACACACAAGACAUGUCUUCUCUGCAGUUAUCUCGCGUCGCGUUUGUGGCCGACAAAGACAUCGAACAAUCCCUACAAAUCACUCAAUACAAUAAAAUUCAAUAUUUCAAACUAGUCGUUAAAUUCACGUUAACCAACGCCGACACUACCCCUAAGACUGUAGAUUUGGCGGUCACUGACGUAUCGAUUGGUGAUCCGUGCGAUAGAAAAAUCCGAAAUGUUUGCUCAAAUCAGGGCACUUGUGAGGCACCGGUUGCACCCAAUCAAUACUCACCUGACAACUACGUGUGUGUAUGCAAUAGCGCACAUUAUGGCAAGAAUUGUGAGCGGUCACGAUGCACUGAUGUCGAUGCGAGGGAAACGUGCAAUGCGUUGCCGCGAUAUGCACUAGAUAUUUCCUAUGAUGUGACCAAUUGUGAACAAGAUAAAACUGGGCCAGCUUAUAGAUGCAAUUGUCCCAACGAGUACAAAGAAAAUUAUGUUAAUCACAGAUGUUUAAGCAAAUUGACCUACACCAAUAAAAAGUUAUUAUGUGGUUUGGGUGGAAAAACACCAGGGUGUGAGUUCUUUACAUUUGAUACUAAUAUAACCAAAUGGUCGAAUGAAUUUGAGCCCCAAUUAACACACGAUGUUAAAUACAAAGAUGUAUUUCCGUUAUACGUGUCGGAAAUAUCGGGCGAUAAAUUGACGCAAACAUUCAACAACUUUGACACCAGUCGUGACUAUUGUUAUACUUUUAAAUACUUCGCAAACGCGGACUCAAAAGUAGUCGUUUCAUACAAAGACCAAACAUCGGGGUAUAUAUUUGGACGAUAUUCGGGUGAAGACUUCAACCAACAGUCUAUUUGUGUCUCAGAUUUAACACCAGUUAUUGAGAAUAACUUUACAAUUGUGUUCAAAACAGUGAUGACUAAACCGGCCAAUAGACUGGCUAUUUAUAUACCGAGCGGUCACACAACCGAUCCAAUUAGCAAAUUUCUUGCAUAUUUACCGUUAAUUAAUCCAACGCCCACAACACCUCCUACACCACAAGUUGAUCCUGAUGCUACAUUUGAUAAAAUAUUCCAAACAUUCCACGGACCAAGCUCAUUUUGGAAUCAUAAAGGCAACAUUGUAGCUUUUAAACCAACGACUCAGUCAGAUGUGGCCCAAUAUAUGGUCAGCAAAUGGGUUCAAAAGACAACCGAUUCGGUGGACGUAUGGAUUAAAUUCACGUCAAAAGACUUCACGGGAUUUGCCGUUCAAUUCGUGACGUUUGACGACAAACUACAGGAGGCGUCGGCUGUGGACACUGUGAUCGGCGACAGCAAAGCGGUCACUACUACUGGUAAUCAACUAAAGAUCAAAGUGCCGACCGGCACGGCCUGGAAGUUUGGCAUUAAAGUCACUUAUAAUACACUUAACAAAGAGUUGUUUACAAUCGAUCAGUUCUCACUCAACGACCCGUGCGCUGAACCCGAGAAACACUCCCUAAUUAAUUGCGCCACAAGGGAUAGUCAUGGACGCUUUCCAAAUAAACAAGGCGACGAUUAUUGUGCGAGUGAUUCUAAACGUGGUAAAUGUGAAAUAGAUCCAUCAAAUGAUCGAUUUCAGUGCACGUGUCCUAAAGUGGAACAAUAUUAUUGGGAUUCGCGCGACGAUGUAAUGGAUUGCAAAAAUCUGCCCAAAUGUUUCACCAAAGGGUGUAAUAAAGUUACCGAGAAUUGUGUGGAACCGACAGAAGACAGACCGGCAGAAGACGCUGUAUGUGUGGCUAAAGAGGGUUAUUAUAAAGACCCGGUGACGGGAGUGACCACAAGGAUUGAUAUUUGCAACGUCGCCGACAGAAAGAUUGCCAAAUUAGCCAACGAAAAGCCCUGUGACGACGAUCGGGCCAUGUGCGAACACGACUUCAUUAGCCCCACCCAAUACACGUGCAGAUGUCCCCCUGGGUUUGAGACACAUGUUUAUGACAUGGGUAAUGGGAGCGGACGGUCGGUCACGUGCACAUCACGCAAAUGCGAUUCCCCAGCAUUUCACACGUGUCAACACAAGUGCGAGAACGACGACGUGGACGAGAAAGACGGCGAUCAUAGCACGUACGUCAGGGGCUAUAAGUGCGGCUGUAAUGCAUUGAUGUACACACAAAGUAACGACACCUGUGCCCUAACACCGGGCAAGACGUGUACCAAAUGUAACGGAAUUCUCAACUGUUUUUGCGACGGAGGAAAAGAUGAUAGUCAUCGUUGCUUUAAUGGCUGGGAGUGGACGGCCGACGGCCAACAGUGCGAAAUACGCGACGAUAAAGGCAAUGCUGCCAAACUGGACAAACCGGAUGAUACCGGACGCCGGUAUUGCCUGUGCGACGCGCCUUACGUUCAAAGCGCCGACAAAAUGUCGUGUGUAUUGCAGGGCGUGUGCGGACAGGGAGGCGCCGGACGAAACGAUUGCGAUGGUAAGCACGCGCUGUGCAGAUUGACUGAACCGAAAAGCGUUUUCGAUCACCCGUAUGAGUGCGUGUGUCCGGUCGGCACAAUACAGGAAGCUAUGAACAAACUUUGUCAGCCCGUAUGCAACUUCAAGAACCGUGACCUACAGUGCAAUCGCAUUAACGCCGACUGCAAUCCUAACAAAGACGUCAAACUUGUGGGCGAAAAGCUCGAGGACUUCUGUGUGUGUCGGCCCGGACUUAUAAUGUCUGGCGGCAAAUGCAUGGCCACUGAAUUUACCAUGAAAUUUACCCUGGCCAUUAAAAAUGACCUCCCAUUCGCGAAGCUUGAGAUGCCGUUACAGCCGGCGUUCAGUCUAAUGCUAUACGAAAACGCUCCGAUGCAGGACUGGGCCGGCAUUUACAGAGACAUCGAAUCGACGAACGCAUUGAAUGGCGCCCUCUUUGACAAGAGCUCAGCAGAAAAACUCAAGGCUUACGAACGCGAUAUGAUUGAGGCAGAAGUGGUCAGACUGUUGGCCGGUGUGUAUGAGUUUGAGGCGGCAAAGGAUGCAAUACGGCUCACAAAGUGUACAUCUGAUGACUAUAUGUCGUGCGACUUUACGGCUGUACUCAAGAAAGGGGUCGAUCCAAUCAAAAAGCCCAUACCUCUUGGUCAAUAUUUGGGGCACAGGUGUCAUCCGUUGACUGGUCUUAAGAAUCCGGAUGAAUGCUUCAUGACUGUGCCAGAAGUAACGCCCCACCCCCCUCGCGCCGCUAUUCCAGAACGUUUACUAUUUAAAACAAAGGAGGUCGGCAAAACCCAACUGACAGUGCAUAAGCUUUGCGAAUCGAUCUCCACGUUAUGCCCCCUAUAUUCAACAUGUCAAAAUGACCCUGCGGGAAAUUCAUUGUAUAGUUGUAGGUGCACACCACUCACAUCAUUCACUAUCACCAGCAGAAUGCCUCUCGAGGUUUAUAACAACCUCUAUUACAACUACCACGAUAUUGAAACAUGCGCGGUGAACAAAGUAUGUGAGGGCAAAUGUGAGGCCAAUGGUUGGUGUCACGUGUCUGUGGAGCAAAAGGCUGAUAACACGUAUGAGGCACUUCCGAUCUGUGUGUGUAAUAAAGGUUUUACAUACGACGGCGUAAUGUGUAGGGAUAACUGCGCGGGAUAUAAUUGCACUGGACACGGGGAGGCCAUCAAAGGGCCCGAUGGCCGAUGCUAUUGCACUGAUUGUGCAAAUCGAGUUAAUUUAUGGACA